UGUUUUGUAUAUGUCUAUUCCUAUCCCGUCCUGGACUUGAGGCAGGGCGCUUUCUCUCCACCACCGCGAGUUCCUUGGGCGCACCGCCGUGACUGAUCUUGUUCCUUUUGAUUUUCCCGUGGGGUUUGAUUCCGGCGUGCUACCGGGUCAAAAAGCCAAUAGUGCUCAGUUUCGACUGAUUAGCCGAGAAAAACCAAACCAAAGAUUCAACCUUUGGAGACUAUGGAGGCUUACAAGAGAUGGGUUAGGACCAACCGAGAUUUUGUACGGCAAUUGGGCUCCCUAAUUAACGGAUUGACCUGGCUUCUUCCAGAAGAGUUUGGACGUUCUGAGACUGGGCCAGAAGCAGGUUUUGUGAACUUUUGUAUCAUCAAUUCUGGGAAUGUUGACUACCAUAAAUGAGCACAUAAUCGAGACAACUCCAAAGUGCAUACAAACAACACCUUCUCCAGAGCCCUCUUUUCUCCCUUUGUCAUUAUGCCUUACAUUGUUGAAGGACUUGGAGACCUUGGUUGAAGUUGCAGCUGAACAAAUGUGUGGAGAAGAGCGGAAAUGGAAUUUCAUAGCUGUUGCAGAGGCUGUCAAGGCAGUGGUUAGGCUGAUUGUUUUUAGGAAUAGUGGAUAUAAGAUGCUUUUGCGUGGUGGCGAAACUGAAAACUUUGAAGACAAUAAUGAUCUUUCUAGUCUCAAAGAAAGGAAUGGAGUCCUACAAAUGCCUAAUCCAAAGAGUUUCCGUGGGCCCAACUCAUAUAAUUUUGAAGGAAGGGCAUUAUCUGCCCUAAAUAGUUUUGGUCAACAAGCUAGGAUGGUUUCAGAACCAACGUGGUUGCAUAGGGUUCGACACCAACAAGCUAUUGUGGAGCCUCCAACCGUGGUGAUGAAACCUACCCUUUCAACUUUCUUGUCUGAGAAAGGAUUUCCUGGGAGCUUGUUUUUGACAGGGGAGGUCAUGUUUGUUCUAAGACCUCUUAUUUAUGUAUUAUUGGUAAGGAAGUAUGGGGCUCGAUCAUGGUUUCCUUGGGUCACUUCUUUAGCUGUGGAUGUCAUUGGAAAUUGCAUUCUCUCUUUUAUCAAUUUGUGUCCAAAGAGGAGUAAAACCCCGCAGUUUCAACUUUCCAACUCUGAGAAGGACGAGAUGAAAAGGCGGAAGAUGCUCUGGGCACUUUAUGUUAUGAGAGAUCCAUUUUUCACUAGAUAUACCCGGCAAAGACUUGAGAGUACUCAAAAGCUAGUAGAAUUUGUUCCUGUUGUUGGUUUUUUUACAGAAAAACUUGUUGAACUAAUUAUUGGAGCCCAGACUCGGUACACCUAUUUCUCUGGCUCCUAAUACGGAUGUAGCAUAAUGUGUAAAAUUACUGUUUAAAGAAAUCAGUGACAUUCUAAGAGGCCUAUUUCAGAUAAGAUUAAAUCAAUUUUGUUGUAUCCAAUAGGCCAAUAGCUGCCUGAACUACAAUAAUCGUGCAAUGAAUUUUACUGAGUAAAGUGUAUCUUAUUUUGCC